CCGCACUAGAUUGCCGACAUGCGGUAUUCUCUGUAUAAUAGGAUAAUGGGAACUCUGUCGAGGGUCUGGAUUCUUCUUGCAACAGUACCUAUUGACUGAACGUGGGAACUUGCCAAUCAGCGCGCGAAAUCCAAUCGGACAAGUCCCAUCUUCCAAAAGGCAACAUGGCCCAGCCACAAUCUAGUCACGACUUCACGAUACUCGACGCUAGCAUCGCCGAGCUACAGAAUGCACUCUCAAUGGGAUGGCUUACUAGCGUUGACUUGGUUUCACGCUAUCUGCGACGUAUCAGUGUCUAUGAUGCCAACGGACCAAAGCUCAGUGCGAUUCCUAUUCUCAAUCAAUCCGUUUUUGAUGAAGCUGCCGCAUCAGAUGCUAGACGUGCCGCAGGGCUAUUGCCACGACCACUAGAAGGCAUCCCCUAUUUGGUUAAAGACAACAUCAAAGUCAAAGGCAUGACAGUUGCCAACGGGUCACCAGCCUUCGAGAAAUUGAUUGCAAAUGAAGACGCGGCAUGCGUGGAGAUUCUCCGGAAUGCUGGCGCAGUCCUUCUCGGGCGCACAAACAUGCCCGCCAUGGCAUAUGGUGGUAUGCAGCGCGGAGUCUGGGGACGUGCUGAGAGUCCUUAUAACGGCAAUUACCUUGCAGCAGCGUACGCCUCGGGCUCGUCGAAUGGCUCUGCUGUCGCCACAGCGGCAAACUUCUGCGCAUUCUCUCUGGGAACCGAGACUGUCUCGUCUGGACGGUCACCUGCAUCGAAUAAUGCCAUCGUUGCAUACACGCCUUCUAAGGGGCUGCUCCCACUUCGGGGUGUAUUUCCUCUCUACCCAACCUGCGAUGUAUUGGUCCCUCAUACCAGGACCGUCGAGGAUUUAUUCCAUGUGCUCGACGUCCUGGGUGUUUUGGAUCCGGCACCAGCGGGCGAUUUCUACAAUGAACAAAUGUUUGUCAAACUUCCUACGAUUAACACUAUUCGUCCUGGUUCGUUUACAACCCUGAAGGAUAAUUCUUCCUUGAAGGGCAGACGCAUUGGUGUACCUUCAAUGUACAUUGGAGGGGCCGAUGCCUCUCUUCUACCUGUCAGCAAAGUGAACACACGACCGUCUAUCAUCAAGCUCUGGCAAAAAGCAAGAAAGGUACUGGAGGCGUGCGGCGCUGAAGUGGUAGAAACCGACUUCCCUCUAGUGACAUCUUAUGAAUCCAAUGCGGCCUCUGGUAAGUUGGUUACGGUUGCUGAUCUCCCGGAAGGCUGGCCAGCCAAAGAACGAUGCGAGGUUGUCUCUCAUGCGUGGGAUGACUUUGUUGUUUCGAAUGGCCAGAAGUCUCUUCCAUCUCUAACGGUUGUCGAUCCCUCUACAAUCUUUCCCUUGGCCCCGGGCUCCCUCCUCGGUACCCCAGAGGCAGCCAACAAGCCACGAUGGGGCGAGAUUGUAGCAUAUCCGCAUACCAAGCCAUCUUCCAUUUUCGAAAUUCCAGGAAUGGAGCAGGCGAUCCAUGCUCUUGAACAUGCUCGAAAGGCAACUUUCGAAGACUGGCUGGACAAACUCGGCCUCGAUGCUGUAGUAUUCCCUGCAAACGGCGAUGUGGGCGCAUCGAAUGCCGAUAAGGAUGAGGAAGCCUCACGUUUUGCUUGGAGUAAUGGCGUCAAAUACUCCAAUGGCAAUCGGCCAAUCCGUCACCUCGGCGUUCCAACGAUUUCAGUUCCAAUGGGUGUGAUGGAGGAUACGCAAAUGCCAGUGAAUCUCACCUUUGCGGGCAAGGCAUAUGAGGACAUCGACUUGCUACGAUAUGGAUAUGCCUUUGAGAUGGGUUCUAAGUCCCGGGUCCAGCCGCCCGAUGUGCCGAGUUUGUCUUCGGAUCGUGUUUCGGUCAGCAGUGCGUCCAAUACCCCGGUGGAACUCGAAGUGGAAGGGCAGGUCAAAGAGGUUGUCGACUCGAUGGUGCUUGUUCAAAUCCAAGGGUCCGUUCGUGUACCUGGCGAUAGCCCCGUCCACUUGACAUGCUACGUGAAUGGAGAGCCAUGUACUACCAUCGUGGAGAAUGGUAAGUGGUCUCUCAAGACAUCAUACCCAAUUUCUGAGCGGGAUAGACCUUGGGAAAUGUGGAAGAGUCCAGCGCUCAGUCAGACAAUUGUUGUCAUUACUGCACACACGGGCACAUGUGCUACCGCGGGACAGUUGAUUCUCUUGUAAUUUAUCCGACGGCAAAACUGCUGCCUCAAGAAGUUGUCCCGGAGUACAGAUGAGCUCCGACGCAGCUUCUUUUAUUCACAAACUAGUUGUUUUUUGAGUAUCCAGAAGCUCGGCUAUGUGAAUUUUCUUUGGGGUAAUAGAUUCUCCGAUUUCGUUGGUAAUAUACCCGCCUACUCAGAUAAUACAUAUUGUCGGCUUAUCGAGAACGGGAU